UGUCACUCGGUCCGGUUCAUUGGGCCUGUCCUAUAAGGACAAUGACAUAUCAGAGUCCCCUUUGAGUCCUAGUCCGCGCACCGGCGUACGUCAGUGACGGGUAGUGGUGAUGGGACGCGAUUCCAGUAUCGACUGCUUGGCGGACAGGUCUGGAUCCUUUUGCAGUGCCUCGAAUGGUACAGCAAGGGUAGUCCGCUGCUCUCGAACACAGUCGACUCAGCCUUUACAACACGCACUUUUUGUACUACACAGUAAGCCAUUGAGCUAACGGGGGACCAUUCUAUUGCUCCGCUUAUCACUUUGUCGUCGCUGCUCUGAAGCAGUAACAACCAGGCCAAGCAGCACACGUAGCGCAGCAAUGGCUCCGUUCCCUCAUUUUCACUGCAUUCUUCCGCUGAUGCUUCUAUUGCACCCACGUGCUUCCCUUUCCGCCGCGUCGAGCUCUGGUAGCAGCGACUGCACCCUUUUCGCGGUCAACGGCUCCUCCUCCGCAGCGGCGGCUUACUUCACACACUACCGCUUUUACGACUUCCGGAACGUUACGAACCCAAGGUCACCGCCCGCAGGGCAAUCUUCUGGCCUGGCAGCGUCACACACCACGAACGACAGCUCAUGGCUUCUGGACUGGAGCCCACGGAACCAAGCCAGAGGCGCAGCGAACCGAAUGAGCAUACCUGUGAACUACCUGCCUCAAAAUGUCUUCAUAUCGCCGGCGAAUGAGUCUUCGGCAGAUUAUGUGUCGUACCUCACGCUGGCCACCUCGCGCUUGAAGAACGACACCCAAUCUGCUGCUGAGAUCAUCUUCCUACCCUCUACUAACGUUGUUCACGUCUCCCUUCGUGUCUUUGCUCGUGUCUCCGGUGCUCCAGGUGCCGUAGCCGGGAUAUUCACCUACAACUCCGAUGAAUCGGAGUCUGACAUUGAGAUUCUGACACGCGAUCCGAUCUCGCAAGUUCGAUAUUCAAAUCAACCUACGACGGACCCAAACACCGGCGCGCCGAUUGCCGGUGCCACUAUCAACGCUACCAUUCCUUCCGGCAAUUGGCAGGAGUGGAACGUGCACAGGCUGGACUGGUUGCCGGGGCAGACUGCCGGAUGGGCAGAUGGCUCGCGCUUGCACACUUCCACUGUCAAUGUGCAGAACGGUACAGCAGGGAGUCAGGUGAUUCUCGACAUGUGGGGUAAUGGUGGCCUGUGGAGCGGUAACAUGGAUGUGGGCGGGAGAGCGAUUAUGGAGGUUCAGUGGAUUGAGAUGGCUUUCAAUGUCUCGGGUGGGGCCGCCGGCCCUGGGGGUACUGUUUGCGACAUCGACAAGGGUGUCGGAUCGCCUGUGCCAGCCGUAUCAGGCUGUGCUGGCAGUGGACUGGGUUCGCAUACUUGGGCGAUGAUAUACCUUACCGUUGUUUCGAUGCUAUGGCUUGCUUCCGAGCUAUGAUCAUGAUGCUUUGCGAGAUCUGCAAUUGUAGAGCGUUAUAGCUAGUGACGAGCCGCAUUUGGUUGUUUGUUGCCUGGUGCACAAACAAUGGAUGUUCUACCAACAGGAAUGAAUGAUAGAGCAUGCCGAAUGCACCGUGAAUCAAUAGAGCCACGAGCGACCCGCGCAGUUAUCGACUGCGACUACCAAGCGAGGAAGACUCGAAGGAGCGUCUUUCGAAAUCUUCGGGUGAUGAGAGGCUGGACGCGACUGUUGUUUCAAAUGCAAAG